AUGCAACAAGAUCAAAGUAGCAAGCGUGUUCAAUCGGGUCUGUCAAUCCGUAUCCUGCUCACUCCUUCAUUCCAUCAACUUAUCACGACGCAGCACGGAUGUGAGAUGUCAAUUCAAGUCAAACGGACCGCUCACUGUUUCGGAACAGACACCCCGGAGAGCAUUUUCACCGAAUGUUUCUUUACUAUCGUCUCUCCCCAUCCCACAUAUUCCCCACUCCUACCUCCACCACCACCUCACAUUGAAUAUCGAUUCACGCAAGCAGCUGUACAACAUGAACGAGGACCGCGAAAUUCUACACUUCGUCAACAAGUAGCUAUCUAUUUACAGGAACGAGUGAAACAACAACAACCAGCGGAUACGAGCAAACCGGGUGCUUUGAGUGAACAUCGAAAAUCUUGGACAAUGAAACGUCACAAUAGUACGGGGGGUUCGACGGAAUCGUUUCCGUCCACCUACUAUGGGUUUUCCAACGGGAGAAUUGGUGAGAUCAAUCCCGGAGAUAUGUUCCUUCCGCCGGAUAUGCCCGGAUCCAGAUUACAAACACAGUCUGAUCUCCCGGUCCCGACACAUUUCCCCAAUCCGGGAUUCGGUUUCGGAGCCUUUGGUAGUCCAAUUACCGAUCCAAACUGUGCCAUGCUGGGAAGCGAUCCAUUUCAGGGAUUGAAUCGUCUUCUACAAGCCCAGAAAUCCACGGUUAAUAAUAGAUCAACUCAUUUACCCACUCCAACACAUCUAAACUCGGUACUAGAUCAAUCUGGAAAGAACGACAUAAACAUCUCGAGUAAUUCGAACCAGGUUGAUCUGAACGGGGCUUCGUUCUCCAAUACGAGUACAUGGGCCAAAGCUCUGGAAUUCGCCCGUAUUCAUUUCCCGCAAUUGUUCUCCUUCAGUACGACAAGCCCAUCAAUCACCACCACCACCACAAGCCCUACCUGCACAGAGGAGGGGCAAAUAAAACCGCAUGUUGCAUCUCUCUUCCCCCCUGGACUAUUAUCCUCACAUUCCAACGGCCCGUUCAGUACCAGCCCAUUUAACCCCGGUGUAACUCCUGUUACCACACGUCCUAACCUCACAAGCAUUGCAAAGCCUAUCAUGGAUCCGAGCUCAGUGGUACAGUCACCUCAUCUGAAUUCCACGUUAUGUUUACAAUCCUAUUUGACUCGGUUGAUGGAACUGGGAUUUAGUCAGACCCCGUGUUUCGGAUGGCCGGAGUUCCCAGCAUUCCAAUCCUUCCUCCCUUCUGUACCACCAUUUGUCCCCCAGCCUCUAUCACCCAAACAAUCGGUGCAGAUUGGUUCUCAGCCGUCGUUAGACUCGACGAUCACAGCCACCACCACCAGCAGCAGCACCACGCAAACCAUGUUCGGGAGGAGUUCAGAACAGAACGGCUCACGAAGUAGAUUAGCAGAUGUGGGUUCAAAUCAUUGCUUCAGUGGAGCCGAACACAGUGGCAACCUGGCCUCGCUGAAUGAUCCAAUCACUCCAUCUGCAUUUGCACAUCAGCAAAUUUACCAAUUAAUCAUGUGGUUGAGUACCAAUCGUCCAGACUUGCAACUCGCUCUGUCCAGUAGCGAACUGCGUCUGUCCACGGAACAACUGUCGAGCUUGGUCACUGAUCGAUGGGACUUGUUGUACUGUUUGACGGCCGUGGAACAGGUGUACACACGUGCUCUAACCUCAGACAGUGCGAAUCGAUCGGAUGCGUACGUGAAACUCACGGAACAAUUGCAAACAACAUGGGCUCGCCUGAUGCUACCGCCUUCGACUAGCUCAACAAAUGGCUCCGCGAAUACGUCAAAUCGUGAGUGUUAUGCAUGUUUCUCAACUACUGGCAUUUGGGGUAUGUGUGUGUGA